UUUACAUCAACAUUUUUUUUUUUUAUAAAUUCUAGAGUCUGGAGCAUAUCUCUAGGUUCUAGCUUAUGGUUCUCAAUUCAUUAAAAUUAAACAUUAAUAUAACAAAAUAAAAAUGUUUUGUCCGGACUUUUUAGAAUUUCAGGACGUUUUAAAAAAGAUGCGUGUACUUGACGAUAAAAUUGUAUAUGCACUAAAUACAUCAAUACCGACCGAAUCAUUCAAAUCUAAAGUGGAUCCUGCUGUAGCUUGCCAGGACUUAUUUAAUCAAAUACAGAAAGGACAUAGUGAGAGAGAAAAUAUAAUUAAAAACUGUAUAAUGUCUACAGCUGAGACGGUCAAGAAAUUGAAGGCAGUGAAAGAAAGUUCUCCAGAUGAUAUUGAUGUAGUUAAGAAUCUUAAAAGUGAACAACGAAAGUUACGUCUCUUGCAAACCGAAUUGAGUGUAGAAGAGGUGAUUAAUGAAAAGACUAGCAAGAUAUUUAAUGAACAAUGUAGAGCCUAUUAUAAACCAGGAAAUUUAUGAAGACUGAUAAUGCAUUUUAAGUUCUGAGGGUUUCUUUAUGUACAUAGAAUUUAGUUUCAAUCGUAAUGUUUCAAUUAUAUAAUCUUUUAUUAAUAAAUAGUUUUAUUUUUAUUAUUGCUUCCAUCACACACAUUUGUGUAGUAUGUACCAUACAAAUAAUUCUAGGAAUAAACAUGUUAUUUUGAA